AUGAAUCUUGGUAUUCUCGCCGCCUUUGCAGCGACAAUCGGAAAAUACUCCGAUGUCGUGACCCGUUCCCUCGUAGCACACGAUGUCAAUUCCGAACUUCCCGCUGUCCGAUCAUUCUUUUACACCGGGGGACAGUACGUCGAUGAUGGCCAGGGCGGUCAUGUCUUUCGUGGCCAGAUGUACGUCGAGAAGCUCGUGCCGCCAAAGGGUCCUUCCAAGGACACCCCAAUUGUCAUGAUUCAUGGCGUGGCACAGACAGGGACUAAUUUCCUGAAUAAGCCAGAUGGUGGCCGUGGUUGGGCAUCUCUGUUCAUCAGCCAAGGCUAUGAGCUAUACGUCGUUGAUCAAACCUUCCGUGGCCGAUCGGCUUGGCUACCUACCCCUGGUGGCCAAGAGCCAAUCAUUCUCUCCACGGAAGCAAUUGAGGCGGCUUUUACCAACUCCAAGGACCACAUGCUAUGGCCUCAAGCUGUUAACCAUACUCAAUGGCCUGGCUCUGGCGUGAGAGGAGAUCCGAUAUUUGAUACCUUUUAUGCCUCCAAUGUGCAGUUUGUCGACAAUUCUGUGGCUCAGCAAACAGCCAUGCAGGCAGCAGGAGCAACUCUGUUAGACAAAAUUGGAAAGCCAGCCAUUGUUCUCGGUCACAGUGAGGGUAGUUUCAUGCCAACUCUGAUCGCUGAUAUACGACCGAAUCUUACCAAAGCCAUUAUUCUUGUCGAAGCUGCAGGGCCUCCAUUCAAAGAUGAAAUCUUUCACUUUGGAGGAGACAAUCCCCGGCCAUGGGGACUAUGGGAUGUUCCAAUCACAUAUGAUCCUCCCGUUAAAGAUCCAAAAACCGAACUCGUCAAAAAGGUCCAUCCUCCAAGGGACAAUCUUUCCACAGAGUGCACACUUCAAGCUGAAGAUCCAAAACCCCGAAAGCUGGUUAAUCUUGAAGAUAUCCCUAUUCUUAUUGUGAAUGGAGCGGCAUCUUAUCAUCAGCCAUAUGAGCACUGCACAGCUUCGUAUUAUCGUCAAGCUGGUUGCAAGAAAUUGGAUCACAUAGAACUUGGGACUAUUGGCAUUCAGGGCAAUGGACAUAUGCUUUUCAUGGAAAAGAAUAGUGAUGAGAUACAAGCUGUUGUUCAUGAAUGGAUUGAUCAAAUCUGA